AUGUCCGACAACGGCUCACAAGAUACAGAAAAGCUUCAACAACCCACGGAGCCGGACUUCAGUGUUGCAGAUGAACUUGUGCUUCAAAACUUCCGCUCCGUCCUUCGAAAAGGACUAGAUGAUAACGCUCUUCUAAGCGCCGUUAUGCUCACAUUUUUAUUCACCGUCACAGCAGGCAUGUCCAGUAGGGAGUGUCUCGAAUACCAAAACAAGGCUCUGAGCUCUAUUCGACAAAGAAUGAGUUCUCCGGAUAAGGCUGCUACGGAGUCCACAAUAGGAGCUAUUCUGCUACUUGCCGGUAUAGAGGUCCGGCUUGGGAUGCCACGUCAAGUCCAGCUCCAUAUGGGAGCGAUACAACAGAUUCUGGACGUAUGUCAAAGAAAACGCGUCUAUUUGAGUGACGAUAUCAAACGUGCGAUUUUCUGCGUCCAUCCAGUCGAGGCUAGUGAGCCUGCCAGUUUGCUCACCCAUCUCGGAAUGUUGCCACCAAGCGGCGUAUCUAUGUUCGACUAUGCUGCGCUGCAAAAUGUGGCGGACUUCAACCAUCCCCUCUCACCUUUCAUUACAAUUGCUCUACAAGAUACAAUCAGCGAUCAAUAG